GGUAAACUUUCUCUCAUAAUAAACACAUGCAGAAAAUUAAGCACACAACAACACAUCUUAUGUUUUUGGUUAUCAUUUUCCUACAAAGCCAUCAUGUCCUCUGCAUUUAGCCAACGCUGCCUAAUUUGCUCAUCAUGGUCACCAAAGUCUACGUCAACCUCAUUCCUGAGUGGCGAAGAGUCAGACGAGUCGAGGGUGAGUUGUAUGUUGGAUCGCCAAGUGUCGGCCCUUUACUUGGUGUCGGGUUUGUUGGAGGUGCCUGGCGAAAUGUGCGCCCGAUUUCUCACCGUUUAUGGUCAUCCCGAUGAGUGGGCUAACGUUUGCGAAUGGUGUAACAUCCUCGUUGCACAGGGCAUGACCCUCUUUCGCCAAAUUAGGAGGCUGGAGGCAGAACAUGCAAAGGUCAGGGCGGCAGUGAAGGAUAGGAUGAAGGUCAAGGCGGAGGUAGAAGGAAGUGAGAACGACCAAGAGGCUGCUGCAAUUGAUAUCAGACGGUUUCUCGAUGCAAUUGAAAACUUGGAAACUGAGCACAAAACUGAAACACAAUGUAAUCAGCAAGAUGAAAAUACCAAGAAUUAUAUUGGAUCUCAGGCCGUCGCCACUGUAAAUGAAACCCCUCAUAAACGUUCAAACAAAACCUCCACACCUCGACGAACGGCCAAAGUGACUAAAUCAAGAUUAAAGCCCAUUGUGCACCCCUCAAAAACGUGCCCAGAUACAUCCAUGCAAAGAAAGUCGGGCCAUCUGGAUGUUCCAGUGAUAAUUUCAAAGAAUGAUGAUACUAACCUAGGGCGCCGUACGCGACAAAGCAAAAUCCGAAAAGAUGAGUGUUACAUCAACGCUGAAAAUAUGUCAGAUCAGGAAACUAUGAUUGAGGAACCCUCCAAUGAAUUAGACUCAGAUUGGAAUGAUGAUUCAUUGAAUACUCAAGAUCAAUAUUAUUGCGACUCUGAUCAAAGUUGUGGCUAUGUACCUUCAGCUAGCAAGAAAACGAGAAGAAAAACUCAGUUAGCAGCAAGUUUAAAGGCUAAAAACUUUGUUAAACCGAAAUUGCCUCGAACCCGACCAAGUUUAAUAAAAGAUCCUGAACAAAAAUCUAGAAGACGUGGAAAGUCACACAAGUAUGAAACUCUUAUGUUUGAAAAAGUUGUCGAGUUACAGAAGAGCUACAUUCUGUCUUUACCUCCAUUAUCAGCGUCCAGUACGACAGAAGAAAAGGAAAAAAGGCGACGCUUAUUAAAAGAACGAACGUUGAAACAAUUCUGUUUACGCCACCAGGUGCAAAAGUUUCCAUGUUCAACUUGUCCUCAAGUCUUUACAAAGUUCUGUGAUUGGAAUGCUCACGCCAAUAUUACGGGUUGCGAAAAGAAUAGCGGCCACACCCUGAGAAAAUAUGGCCCUGUCGUAGUAAACAGAAUUAAUUGCGAAGAAUGUGGAAAACCGGUUGGUAACGUGCAUGUCCUGGAAGAUCAUUUCCGAACUGCCCAUUGUGCAACUCCUGAGAUCCUGAAUUGUCGAGGAUGUUCCCUCGAAUGUAGAAAGAUGGAGGAUUAUCGAAAGCACCUUAGAGCAGCAACUCCAGGUUCGGAUUGUACAAAAUUGGCUUUAAAAUGUCCUCAUACAAACGAAUGUCGAUCAGCCAUUGCGAACAGCGAAGCAGCUUUGCAACUUCAUAUCAAGAUUCGACACAGUACUUUACGUCCACCGACAAAUAAAUGUAUCCAGUGCAAUAAAGCGUUCACCUCCAAGCACACACUAAAAAAACAUAUGGACAAACACUCAGAUCGUAAUAUUAAGUGUGAUCGUCCAAAUUGCACAUCGGUAUUCAAAACCAAUAAUCGGCUAAAUGAACACAUCAAACAAGUACACGAAUCUAAAAAAGAAGGAGCAGCAGAAUAUCGGUGUGAAACCUGUGGAAAAGUGUUCAAUGUUAAAGGUCGGUUGAGAAGGCACGAAAAACUUCACAACCCAGAGACGCCAUUUCUAUGCACAGUUUGCGGAAAAGGAUUUAAGAUUGCCAACUACUUGACGAUUCAUAUGUGGUCACAUGAUCCGGCUAUGAAAUAUAAGUAUACAAUGUAUAAAAAUAAUGCUAACAAGGCUAAAGAAAAGAGACUGCAACCGAGAAAAGCAGAUCAUCCAAGCGAUCAAGAAGAAACAAGGGAAAACACUGACGACCUGUCCUCUGAUAAAUCGUCGGAUCCCAAUAACUCAAACCAUGUUUUGGAACAUGGUAAUAACAGCAUUGACAGCGGACAACUGGCAUCCACCGUAGAUUGGUCUUUUCUCUAACACUAGGUUAUUACAAUAAAAUAUAAACUGCAUUUAAAUAAUUAACUUUCGCAUAGUUUUCAUCGAAAGAAAAAAGUUCGUUCUUUCAAGCAAAUUAAAUAUGUAUCAAUCUAUUAACUUUUAAUAAGUUAAGUAUUUUAUAAAUAGAUACAUUAUUUUCUAAAAUAAUAAAGGAGUUAACACGUACUUAUUCAUUAUA